AUGACCCAUUCAACCCUCAGUCUGAGCUCAAAUGAAGAUUUAACCAACGAUCCUGACAUACAGCCUUAUGUGACAAAUAAUGCAAGGUUAAGGCUGAUGCGGUUGUCUGAAGCAGCAGAAAAGCUUCGACGUCAGGCAGCUAUUAGUAUUCAAACUGGAAAAGAAAAGGAUGCAAGGGACCUACUUUUUCAAAAGAAGAAGGUUAUGGAGGCUUUGGAGAAGUCAAAGAGUCGAAUUAAUUUACUUGAUGAGCUUUCCACAAAGCUUAAUGAGGGGCAAGAUGGCUCGUCAAAGCAUCUUCUCAGUAGGCAAUUUAGGAGGGUAAUAUUCCACUAUUUUGUGUAUUUUCUCUUAUCUUUUGCUGCAACAGAUGUCGGCCAAGGGCUGCUUGGACAAGCUGAGGAAACUUUGAAUAAUGCUGCCUCAAACUAUUAUGCGGUGGAUUUUGGUCAUGGAAGGGUUUUAGAAUGGCUUGGUUUUGCAACUGGUAGAGCAGUUUUCUUAGGAAAUAUAGAAGAACUUUGCUGGGAUUCUCUUGACAGCAAGUUUCUUAAGGACUUCGGUGUGAGAAAUUGA